AUGUUCACUCCAAUUCACACCUCGUUCGGCGCCCUGCUGCUCUUCCAGGGCUCAUCUGGCCUGCUCCUGCACAACGGCGCCGUUUUUGGCAUCUCCUCCCUGCUGUCGGGAUGCGUCUUCAACCCCAGUCGGGACAACGUCCCCAUAAUCGCGGGGCUAGUCUCCAGUAUUGCUCCUGUCUUCCUUCUAACGCCCUCAUUGAUCCCUAGCUAUCCUCCUGCGCCGCAGUCGUUGGCCUCUGCGGCUGCUACCCUGGGUGUGGGAUUCCUCUUAGGCUGGGGAACAAAGAAUGGCCGGGGUUGCACGUCGGGCCACAUGCUCUGUGGACUUUCGCGGCUGUCGCCACGCUCGCUGAUCGCCACGGCUGUCUUCUUCACGACGGCCUUGCUCACGGCCAACUUUGCCUCAGGAGGUGCAAAUAUCCCUUCGUGCGGUGCCACGCCAUGCUACACUCCAAUUAACCCCUCGUUGUCGGAGCUGGUCUUCAUGGCGGCCGCGGCGCUGUUGGCGAGUAUCACGAACUUUGCGAUCGUCCCGCGGAUGCUCCAUCGAUCACCAGAAUCCAAGACGAUCUUCUCCUAUGUGGCGGGACUGGAAUUUGGCACGGGCCUGUUGAUUUCCGGGAUGGCGGAUUCGGCCAAGGUGCUCAGGUUCUUCGCCUUCCUGACUGACCUGUCUCGCUUUGAUCCUUCGCUAGCUUUGAUUGUCCUCUUUGGGAUCGGGCCGUCGUUGGUCACAUAUUUGAGCACGAAGCCUGGUCAAUCUCCAGAGAAGGGAAAGCCGCAGGCGAAACCUACCCUCGCAGAACAAUGGAGACUUCCCACCGCGACAGUGGGUGAUAUUGAUUGGCGAUUCAUGAUGGGUGCGGCAGCGUUCGGCCUUGCUUGGGGCUUAAGGGGUGUUUGUCCCGGUCCGGCGAUUUUGCGAGCCGUGCUUCAGCCGACCUGGGGCUUGGUGACGAUGGUCGGGUAUAUGCUGGGGAAUCUGCUCUAA